UAUUUCUAGCGGAAGAGCUUUUGGGAAGGAGAAUGGUACUCUCUCACAGUAUACCCUCAGAAGACAAUGGCAAACCACUGAGUAUUUUGCCAAGUUAUACCAUGAUGAUGCAGAGUAUUGGCAUCAUCGGGUUGCCAAUGUCACUUGAUUCGGCACCAAAUGAAGAAAGAAGACAAGUGCACUGAAUAAAUGUGUACCUUAAUUCAAAAACAUAAAAUGUACCAUAUAGCAUCUUUCUUCAUAUUAAAACAUACAUUGAUAAUGGAAAACCUAGUAACACAUCAUAUGGUCUUCCCACAUAACAAGACCGCCAUAUCUUAUCUCUAGAUCUUAGUGAUAUGUAAUAAGUUUGUCAUUGGACUUUAGAUCUGUUAUUUGCAAGAUAAGUGCUUUAGUGCUGAACAUAAUAUAGUACUUUCCAGAGACACGUACAAAAAUACACAAUACCAUGUCAGCACAUAAAAAGCUAAUAAUAAAAUACUUAUUCCUUAUAAUCAUGACAUUAAACCAAGGAAUUCAUGUCACAUCCUCUGCAGAAACAAAGAGCAACACCUGUAGAAAUAAUGUGCAUGUUUACGACAAACUGAAAAUCAAGCUAAAAUGCCUUGUAUCAGAAUUCUCACAGCCUAAACAAGUCUGGGUACAGAUUAUUGGACAGUUAUAUUCUAUUAUGGAUGAAACACCCCUGAGACCUGCAGUUAUAAUGGUUGCUGUUCCUCAAGAUACAAAACGAGAGAGUAUGUGUUUUGUUCAGCAUAUUUCUGAGAGUGUUGCUGCUUCAUUUGAUGAUUCAUCAUAUAUAGUCUACAAUGCCAAAAGUGAUAGUCACUUGGAUCCUUUUAUGAUGAAGCAAAUUUUGGACGGUAAACUUCAACAACUACAAACUUCACACGUAGCAAUAAUCAAUGGCAUGGAGUCAAUUCCAGGCAACGCUUCACUGAUUCUUCAUGGUUACUGUGAUAAUGACAAUGCACCUUAUAAGCAGAGGCUCAUCUUUCUAAUACUCAAUCUACCAAUACAAUACGCAGCUUUACAAGAGGAAAAACUGGACAAAGUCAUCGAUGAGUACCUGCUUGAACUAUGGGGGACACAGCUCAAAGUCAAAGAUGUCUCUGCAUUAGUGGCCAGAGUUGCCAGCAUGCCCGUGCUUGUACAGCCUGAGAGAGAAGAAAUGCUGGAUUGCUUGUGUCCACUUUGAUUUGUGACAUUGCAAUCUUGGUAGGUAGUGUUAUGCUAUGAAUAAAAAUAUAUAUGGAAAAGUUGAUUGAUGGAUAGAUAAAGAGAUAGAUAGAUAGAUAGAUAGAUUGAUAACAGGAUGUAAUGAUAGAUAAGUAGACAGACAGAUGUAACUAUUUAACUGAAAAUUUACAAAUAGAAAUUAAAAUGUGCUUACGUGCUUAAGUGUGUGUUUGUGUGUGUGUAUGUAUGUAUGAUAGAUAGAUAGAUAGAUAGAUAGAUAGAUAGAUAGAUAUAGAUAUACAUAU